UUUGGUUUUUAGUAAUAUCUCCCCUUUUCCUCUUCAUCCACACCUUCUCGAAUUCACGACGCAGAGGCAAAUAAUCCCCUCUCUGUUUUUCCUCCCUUUUUUUUCCUUAAAAGAAAAGGGUAUAAACAAUUGGACAGGAGAGAGCUGGAGGAGUAGAGAGUUUUGUUUGGUAGCAAACCGGUGAGACGGUUGGGGAGAAGCCUCGACUUCUUCACCAUUCGAUUCAGGUCAAGCGCUUCCCUCCCGCACCUGCUCCCCUCCCCUUGACUUCCCCGGUGAUUCCCCACUCUGUCUGAAUUCUUGGAGUUGGGUUCGUCUCAUUCCCGUCAAAAGUUGGGAGGAUUUCACGCGUGGAGGUGGUCAUCUCAUUGGAGAUCGCCCCUCUUCAAGAGAGCCUCUUUCCCGUUGAUGGUAUUGAUGGCCACAGCUGCAGUCAUCGGCCUGAGCGCUGGGAAGAGGCUGUUGAGCUCCCCAUCCUCCUCCUCCUCCUCCUCCUCGUCGGCGUCCGCCUCCUCUUCCUCCUCCUCCUCCGAUAUCCCCGACAACUACAAGCUCUUCUACGUCAGCGCCAGCGCCAGCGAUCGUGUCUCCUCCACCAAGAAUGCCGUCGUCCCCAAGCGCCCUCCCAACUCCAACCCCUGCUUUCGUUCUUCCCAUCGCCUCCCCACUCCCGCCAAAGCUCUCACCCAACGUCUCCACCCCUCAUCCUUCCCCAUCUCUCUCGACUCGCCUGAAGAUGAAGAUGGGCAUGAAGAGGGUGCGCAUCAUGUCCCUGAGCUCGACUGUUCGGUGGAGGCGCUCCUGCUGCUGCAGAAGUCCAUGCUGGAGACCCAGUGGAGUCUCUGCUUCGAGCGCACCGUGCUCGCUGAUUCCGCCAAAGACAAGCCCACCAAGAAGAUCCCCGUCACUUGCUCUGGCCUUUCUGCCCGCCAACGCCGAUUGGGCUCCAGGCGGAGAAUCUGUUCCCCCGUUGCGGGCCGUCAGUCAAGAUCGGCUGUUAGCCCCGACCUCCUGCAACACCGUCUCCACGGUUAUGUUAAGGGCGUCGUCAGUGAUGACUUGCUCACCCACGGAGAGGUCGUUGCCCUCUCCAAAAAAAUCAAGACUGGCCUUUUCUUGGAGGAGCGCAAAUCCAGACUGAAAGAGAGACUGGGUUGUGAGCCCUCUGAUGAACAGCUUGCUACCUCCUUGAGAAUUUCUCGUGCUGAAUUACGGUCGAGAUUGAUUGAAAGUUCCUUGGCAAGAGAGAAGCUUGCGAUGAGCAACGUUCGUCUUGUCAUGUCCAUAGCUCAGAGAUAUGAUAACAUGGGUGCUGAAAUGUCCGACCUUGUUCAGGGUGGUUUGAUCGGGCUACUGCGUGGGAUAGAGAAAUUUGACUCGUCUAAGGGUUUCAAGAUUUCAACCUACGUUUACUGGUGGAUACGUCAGGGUGUUUCAAGAGCAUUGGUGGAGAAUUCUAGAACCUUGAGAUUGCCAGCUCAUUUGCAUGAACGGUUAGGCUUAAUUCGCAAUGCGAAGGUUAGACUGGAAGAAAAAGGAAUCACUCCCUCUGUGGAUAGGAUUGCAGAAUGUCUGAACAUGUCUCAGAAGAAAGUCAGGAAUGCCACAGAGGCAAUUGGUAAAGUUUUCUCUCUUGACAGGGAUGCAUUCCCUUCCUUGAACGGUCUACCAGGAGAAACUCACCAUAGUUACAUUGCAGAUAUUCACGUUGAGAAUAACCCAUGGCAUGGAGUGGAUGAAUGGGCACUCAAGGAUGAAGUAAACAAGCUCAUGAACGUGACACUUAGCAAAAGGGAGGGAGAAAUCAUACGCCUUUACUACGGCUUGGAUAAUGAAUGCCUUACAUGGGAGGACAUCAGUAAACGUAUAGGUUUGUCCCGGGAAAGGGUAAGGCAAGUUGGGCUAGUCGCGCUAGAGAAACUAAAACACAUGGCGAGGAAGAGAAUGAUGGAGGCCAUGCUGCUGAAACAUUGAUACUUUUUGUUUACUUUCACUUUCAGCUUUAGACAGCACAGAAAUUGGAUGGUGUAUAUAUAUUGGGAAGAGAGGAUUUUUCCUUAUUUUACGAUUCUGACCUGCAACGGUGAUGAAAGUAUAAUGUAAAGGGCCUAUGAACUUGGGCAUUUUGUAACUAAAACUGAACGACUGAUCAGGAUCCUGUAAGUUGAAGUAUCUGUGGAUUAAAGUGAUCGCGGAAAAAAUUCAUUUAGUCUGU